UAAGAAACAUAAUAAAAUAUAUAAAAUAUAAAUGAUAUAUAUAUAUUUAAAUUGCAAAUGUAUAUAAAAUAUACACAAUAAUAAAAAGUCGAUUGCUCACUCUUGUCCGUAAUACUCAUGGUUUCUAUGGUAACGCUGAUGCCGGGAAUAAGAAAACAAACCGUGGAAAUGGAAACCUGUCUCUACUACAGUUGACUACAAUAACCAAGUUUUAGUUUUUCAUUGAGAAAAUGUCCUAUCGUGAUUUACGCAAUUUUACCGAGAUAAUGAGGGUGCUGGGUUAUCCAAGAUUAAUUUCCAUCGCGAACUUUCGUGUGCCGAAUUUUCCCCUGGUCGCAGAGAUUCUGGUUUGGCUGGUGAAACGAUUCGAGCCAGACGUUGAUGUAUUUAGCGAUCACGACACUGAGGAACAACGUGUAACACUGAUACGUAGUGUCGCUGAGUUCAUGGCAUUGAAGACAAAUGUUAAGUUAAAUACAAAGAAGUUAUAUCAAGCCGACGGUUACGCGGUGAAGGAGAUGUUGAAGAUAGCCACAUUGCUGUAUGACGCACAAAGCAGUAGUAGUGCUGAGCAAAAUCAAUCGAGCGGUAAUCAGAACGUGGUGGAUUUCGAUAUAUCCGAUAAAAUUAAUGAGCUGAAAACAACUCGACACUUGGCGAGCCAGUUGACCAUCAACGGGGCGACUCUCUUCGACUUACUUGGCCGAGAAGUGGAACUUCGUGAGAUUCGCAAUACCAAAAUUGCGAGGCAGUUUGACACUUCGGAAAUAGAAGUAGCUUUAAAGGAGGUCAUCGAGAAUACGCGUAAAGAGAUCAAUGAAACGAAGAAGCAGAUCGACAAUGUCAAAGUAAACAUUUUUAUCUGUGAUAAAACUUGUUUACUUUGGCUUCUUGUGCUUAAAAUUGCUUGUUUGACUUUUACAAAGUGUCUCAUUGUAAUACAACAGCAUAAUUUAUCAAAUAAUAAAUAUAAUUUAAUUUUGAAGGAAACGGAACAAAACUUGGAUGCAAGAAUUGAGAGGCGGAAAACGGAACUCGAUAGAAAUCAAAAGAGACUCCAUACAUUGAAGAAAGUGCGUCCGGCAUUUAUGGAGGAAUUUGAGAAGCUCGAAGUUGAGUUAAGAGCUUUGUACGAUGAUUAUUUACAGAAAUUUCGGUAUCUAGCGUACUUGGAACACUUGUACGAAGACACAGCAAAGAUGGAGCAAGAAAGAUUUGAAAGACGGCAAGCUGCAACAAAGAAGCAACUGGAACAAAUGAGAGCCGAGGAUACGAAUUUCGAGAGCAUGAUGGAAGGGAACGAUUCCAUAUUUGCUACAAAUCUUCAAGAAUCUCUCGUUACUCCUCUUACAAAUCCGGAAGCCACAGCGGCAGAAAAAUCUGGUCAAUCCACUAUCAAGCCAACUACUGGAAGAGCGCAUUCCAAGAUGCAAUAUACUCAGCGACGCAUUUACGGUAGUAUGUCUGGACGGCAAAGAGGCACGAUCCAGGAAAAUGAAAGCGACGGUUCGUUAGAUAGCGAUAGUGAUUUACUGAUCGACGGCGAUUUCGAUGAUGAUGAUGAUGAAGAUCUUUUAAAUUCUGUGGGUGCGACAGGCAAUUAUAAUCUUAAAGCCACUCAAGAAAAGCGGUCAGUCAGUAAAAUAGAAAGACAUUCGGAUGAUGAUUUUUAAUGUAUAUAAUGUAAUCUCUGGCGAUUAUUGAUAAUUUUAUAUAUUAAAUAUUAAUAUUAAAUAGAAAAAUAAACAGUAAUCAAUAAAA